CCGCCAUUUAUGUUCGACGUAUUGCGCACUUUAUGGAGCUGAUUUCAACUGCCAGUGUGAAGGCGGCGUCACACUGCUGAACUUAAGUGUCACCGUCCUCCUCGAGCGUGUGUUUUAAUGAGGACUCACCACCGCGCAGACUGACUUACCGACCAACCAAGACACUCACCAUGACCACACCGUUUUCUCCCCCGCUGUACAUGCAGAGAUACCAGUUUGUUGUCGAUUACGUGCAAACCUACCGACCUAGGAAGGUCAUCGAUUUCGGGUGCGCUGAAUGUCGCUUACUGAAAAAACUGAAGUUUCAUCGCAACGGUAUACAGUUACUUGUGGGAAUUGAUAUCAACCGUGGCGUUCUCCUAAAAAGAAUGCAUACAUUGGCUCCACUUGUAAGUGACUACCUUCAGCCAAGCAACGGGCCUUUGACCAUUGAGUUGUACCAAGGGUCUGUCACUGAGCGGGAGCCGUGCACCAGAGGAUUUGAUCUUGUGACAUGUGUUGAGCUAAUCGAACAUCUAGAGCUUGAGAAGGUGGAGAGCUUUUCAGAGGUGGUGUUUGGGUACAUGGCACCAGGUGCCGUGAUAGUCAGCACACCCAAUGCAGAUUUCAACCCUCUGUUACCGGGCCUGAAAGGCUUCAGAGACUGCGAUCACAAAUUCGAAUGGACUAGAGAUGAGUUUCAGACUUGGGCUCACAGAGUGUGUAGAGAAUAUGGUUACUCCGUGCAGUUCACUGGAGUUGGAGAAGCUCUUGGCCACUGGAGAGAUGUGGGAUUCUGCACACAGAUCGGUGUGUUCCAGAGGAAUUUUGAUGGGAUAAAUUGGCCCAUGAGCAAUGCUGAACGCUUGGAACCUUCAGUGUACAAACUGUUGUACAAGGUGGUGUAUCCGAGCCUGUGUGAUAACAACAUCUACCAAAAGACUUUGGUUAAUGAGGUCCUGUAUGAGGCACAACACCUAAAACAGGAAUGGCUUAGUAGGCUGAACAUGGACUCCAACAACAAUGCACAUUUUUAUGGUCCUCCACUUAUGGAAACUAUGCAGCACGAGGAUGCAUGUGGGUGGCAGCCUGUCUACCAGCAGGACCGCAUCAUUUGCGUGCCCUUGACGCGUGUGUGGUUCAGCCCCAAAGUGAGAGCGCUGUGCGGGAGCGUGCAGCGUCUCAGGGAGGACCUGCUUGAGGAGGAGAGGGUGAGGAUGAGCGCUGACGGAAUGGUGCUAAACCUGCCUGCCGAAGAUGAGGAAGAGGUAGAGGAAGAAGAAGAAGAAGAGGAGGAGGAUGUGAAAACAGUAUCAGGUGUAUCAAACAGUGUGCAGGAGGACUGGGAUCGGGAGCUUGGGGGUUACGAAGGUGUAUAACAGAUCCGGAAAGCUACGUAACCAAAAUGUAAAAAAAAAGAAAGCUGCACUUGAUGUUUGUUCUGUCAAAAACAUAUUUGAAGGACAUGGCUGAAACUGUUAUCGAUUGGAAAUGUUCUUGAAAAGAAAACCAUUAAAAAUGCAAAUGUGUGACGCCUU